AUGCUAGCGAUGGACUCGUCCAAAGCUUGGCGGAAACAGAAACUGUGGGCAACGCUUCGGUUAGCACACAUAUUCGACAAGUUUUGUAGUCUCAACUCGAUCAAGUUGGAAAUUGGUUCUCAGACAAAAUAUACUGGCAAGUAG